AUGGAGAAUGUCAAGGUAUGUAGUACACCAAUGAGCCAAUCCUCAAAAUUAGAAAAAGAUGAAAAUGGAAAGGAUGUGGAUAUUAAGAUGUUUAGAAGUAUGAUUGGUUCUUUACUAUAUCUAAUUGCAAGCAGGCCUGGCAUUGACUUUAGUAUUUGUUUAUGUGUUAGAUUUCAAUCAUGUCCGAAAGAAUCUCAUUUAAUUGUCGUAAAAAGAAUUCUAAGAUAUCUUUAUGGAACUUCUAAUUUUGGUCUAUGGUAUUCUAAAGAUGAUACAUUUGAUCUUAUUGGGUAUAGUGAUUCUGAUUUUGCAGGAAAUAGAACAAAUAGAAAGAGCACAUCUGGAACUUGCCAAUUUCUAGGUAGCACCCUUGUAUCAUUGUUUAGCAAGAAACAGAUUUCUGUUGCUCUCUCUACUGUAGAACCAAAAUAUAUUACUGUUGGAAGUUGUGUUGCAUAA